UAAAUUACAACUUGUCUCUAAAAUUUUUGUAGCCAUUGAUGGUGGUCCGGCCACCAGUGCCAAAAACCUGCUACUAUAGGACCUGUUUUCAUAUAAGGAUUUGUUUUAUUUUUUUGCAUUCAAAUUUAUUUUCAAUUUGUUCCUUAGAUUAAGUAGUUUCACAAGCUUUUGUCCUUUUACGCUAAUAAUUCCUCCUCAAUUGAUAUUUUCUCAUAUUCUUCUUAUCACUAUCUUUUCCAAUGCAAAUUGGCAGAGUAAUAAUGGCGUGGUUGGCAGCUUGCUCAAGCUUGGUUUUGGUGGCUUUGCUUGCUCUUGCAGUUCAAGUAGUAUACUUCUCACCCAUAGACCCAAUCAUAGUUGAAAGGCCUCCACUCGCUUCUCCUUUCGCCGUCAACAACCAUUUACAGAACGUCAUCAAGCUCGGUGAAGGAAUUCUGAAAGAUCCGGAAGAUGUUUGUGUGGAUAAACAUGGCACUCUUUAUACGGCUACAAGAGAUGGUUGGAUCGUCCGAUUACACCGAAAUGGAUCCUGGGAGCACUGGAAGAACAUCCAUAGUCCUACGAUGCUCGGAAUUACAGUCACGACACAGGGGGCUCUCAUUGUUUGUGAUUCUGACAAGGGGUUGCUUAAAGUCACAGAAGACGGUGUCAGCGUUAUUGUUUCUCAAGUGAACGGUUCUAAAUUAAGGUUUGCAGAUGAAGUGGUGGAAGCGUCAGAUGGGAGCUUAUAUUUCAGCAUUGCCAGCACCAAAUAUGAUCUGCAUGAAUGGUAUCUAGAUGUGCUGGAGGCAAGACCUCAUGGGCAAUUGCUCAAGUACAAUCCAUCCUUAAAAGACACCUCUGUUUUCUUAGAUAAUCUGAGCUUUGCCAAUGGCGUUGCUCUCUCAAAAGACGAAGACUAUCUCUUAGUCUGUGAAACAUGGAAAUACAGGUGUCUGAGGCACUGGCUCAAAGGCGAGAAGAAAGACAAGACAGAGACUUUCAUUGACAAUCUUCCUGGUGGACCUGAUAACAUUCAUCUUGCUCCUGAUGGCUCUUUCUGGAUUGCUAUGCUUCAGGUCACUGAUGAAAAACUGGGGUUUGUGCACUCUUGGAAGGUAUUGAAGCACUUGGUGGCCUCAUUUCCAACACUGAUUAAUGUCGUGAGAGGUAUUUAUAAGAAAGCAAUGGUGGUAAAUGUGGGGAGCGAUGGUGAAAUAAUUAGAAUAUUUGAUGAUGAUGAAGGGAAGGUGAUGAAUUUUGUGACCUCAGCUUUGGAGUUUGAGGACCAUCUUUAUUUGGGAAGUCUCAAUUCCAAUUUCAUUGGGAAACUACCUUUGCGCAUUGAAAAAUAAACUAGCUAUCUACUGAUCGAUGCAAGAUGGUGAUAAUUGGUGAUUGAUGAAAUAUCUGGGUCAUUGGCUAUGGUACGAACAAAUCGUCUGAGGAGGGAUAAGCCUCGUCAUUCUUAUCAUAAACUGCCUGGUACCUUGGAAAGUCCCAAGACUAAUAAUGGCGU